GGGGAGGGGCGCCAUUCACAUUCCCGGAAGAGGAGCAGGUCUGCAGAGGAGGAAGAAAAAGAGAUUUCCUCCCCGUCGAAAGAAGAAAAUGGAAUAAUGGAGAAACUAUUUAAAUUCAUGGAGUUUGGAAAGAGAGAGGAGAAGCAAUUUGAAAGUAUGGAGUAUGGGAAGAGCUUUACUGAAAGUGGAGCACUAAGGAAACACCAACAGACUGACACUGGGGAGAAACCAUUUAAAUGCAUGGAGUGUGGAAAGAGCUUUGGUUGGAGUUCAAACCUUCGUAUACACAAACACACUCACACAGGGGAGAAACCAUAUAAAUGUAUGGCGUGUGGAAAAAGCUUCAGUCAGAUUGGACACCUUAAAAACCAUCAACGGACCCACACAGGGGAAAAACCAUAUCAAUGUAUGGAGUGUGGAAAGAGCUUCACUGAUAGUGGAACAUUUGGAAAACAUCAACGGACCCACACAGGCGAGAAACCUUUCGAAUGCAUGGAGUGUGGAAAGAGUUUCAGUCAGCGUGGAAACCUUAGAAGCCAUCAACGGUUUCACACAGGGGAGAAACCAUUUAAAUGUAUUGAGUGUGGAAAGAGCUUCAGUCAGAGUGGAAAGCUGAAGUUACAUCAUCGAACUCACACAGGAGAGAAACCAUUUAAAUGUAUGCUGUGUGGUAAGAGCUUCACUGAUAACCGAGGACUUAGAAUCCAUCAUCGAUCACACACAAGGGAAACACCAUAUAAAUGUAUGGAUUGUGGAAAGAACUUCACUUAUAGUGGAACACUAAGAAAACAUCAACGGACUCACACAGGGGAGAAACCAUUUAAAUGCAUGGAAUGUGGAAAGAGCUUUAUUAAUGGUAGAGCACUUACUAUCCAUCAUCAGACUCACACAGGGGAAAAACCAUUUGAAUGUAUGGAGUGUGGAAAGAGCUUCAGUGACAGUGGAACACUUCGAAAACAUCAACAGACUCACACUGGGGAGAAACCAUUUAAUUGCCUGGAGUGUGGUAAGAGCUUCACUGAUCGUAGAACACUUAGAAUCCACCAUCGAAAUCACACAGGGGAAAAACCAUAUAAAUGUAUGGAAUGUGGAAAGAGCUUUACUUAUCGUGGAGCAGUGAGAAGACAUCAACGGACUCACACAGGGGAGAAACCAUUUAAAUGCAUGGAAUGUGGAAAGAGCUUUAGUGAUAGUAGAGCAGUGAGAAUCCAUCAUCGAACACACACAGGGGAAAAACCAUUUGAAUGUAUUGAGUGUGGAAAGCGCUUCACUUGUACUGGAACACUUAGAAAUCAUCAACGGACUCACACUGGGGAAAAACCAUUUAAAUGCAUGGAAUGUGGAAAGUGCUUCAGUCACAGUGGACUCCUGAAUUCACAUAAUCAAACUCACACGGGGGAGAAACCAUUCAAAUGCACGGAGUGCGGAAAGAGCUUCAGUCGCAGUGGAGACCUUAGAAAACAUCAAUGGACUCACACAGGGGAGAAACCAUUUAAAUGUAAGGAGUGUGGAAAGGGCUUCACUAUUAUUGGAGACCUUAGAAGACAUCAACGGACUCACACAGGGGAGAAACCAUUUAAAUGCAUGGAGUGUGGAAAGAGAUUCAGUCAGAGUGGACACCUUAGAAGACAUCAACGGAGUCACACGGGAUUAACCAUUUAAAUUUAUGCAGUGUUGAAAGAGUUUCUUUCAGAGUGGAGCCCUAAAUUCACACACAGGACACUUAGAAGACAUCAACAGACUCACUCGGGGACAAGCAAAUAAAUGCAUGGCGUGUGGAAAGAGCAAUAAUAAUAAUAAUAAUAAUAAUAAUAAUAAUAAUAAUUUAUUAUUUAUACCCCGCCCAUCUGGCUGGGUUCCCCCAGCCACAAUAGAAGUGGAAACCUUAGCAAAUACCAGCGAACUCAAAAAGGGAAACCACUUACUUAUAUGGAACGUACUUAUAUGGAACUUCAGCCCUGAUGUUCUUACAAAACAUCAAUGGACUCGCAAGGAGGAAAAGCUUUAAGAGUUGAAACCCUACAAUCCACAAUCCACAAACUGAAAAAUCAUAAACAGUUUGAAUGGAAUGAGUGCGGGAAGUGCUUCCAGUGCUUUACAGAUACCGUAUAUAUAAUUUUAUUUAUAUGCUAGCUGGCCCAGCCACGCGUUGCUGUGGGUCAUUCCUGUGAUUCCCCCCCACCCUGUCCCAAUCCAUGACGUAUCCCGCCCCUCCUCCCUCCAACCCCCUGGCUCAUCCCUGUGUUUUGGUAGGAUACCCUUCCCUCUGUUUUCCCCGGGGAGUGUUGUCCCCUCCCCCCUGUAUCUCCAUACAUUGGCCCCUGCGCACGCAUCGUGAACAUUUUUAUAUAUUUAGAUUUAAAAUUUUUGAAAUAAGAACAUGAGAAACAGAAGUUAUUAUUGUUUAAUUUUAUUUUUUGGGUUGUCAUUUAUUUUGGUGGGUAUUGUAUGAUUUGGGCGUUGUUGUGUGUUUUGGGGGCUUUUGUGGGUUUUUUAAAAAUUUUAUUUGGAUUUUCUAAUUUUGGAGUAGGUGACCUAGAGAACUACUUUAAUAAUCCCGACCGGGGGGUGGGGUGGAAUCAAAUAGUGAAGACUCACAGCCCCAUAGCAACAGAAGGUGAGUUCUGAAGUGCCCGAGCUGUUCAGUUCCAUUAAAAAUCCAUUAUCCCCCCCCGGGGCCUAGUGGGGGCCUGGCGGCCUGGUAGGGGCCUACAUAAAACAAAGGCCGUGCUGCAGUCUGCGAUCCGGGCGCUCACCCUCCCCCCCCCGGGCCUAGUGGGGGCCUAGCAGCCUGGCAGGGGCCUAGGGGUCUGGUAAUGGCCGCCUUGGUGGUUUCAGUUGCUUGGUUGAUGAUGUCAUUAUUUGGCACCACCCUUCAGAGCUUUUGCUGGUAACAGCGUGCAAUCUGCCUUUCUAUUGGAUGCUGCUGGAGUCUUCAGAGCUUUUGCUGGUGAUGUCUAAUUAGUGCACCACAUUUUUUUUUACGUUUAAUCACUAUUUAAGGUAUGAAAGCUGUGCUUUUUGGGGGAGGGAAUUAUGCCAGAUCAGGGGCGU